AUGAGCGACACCGGGCAGACGACUAAGACCACCACUGACCAACACGAGCCAGAGAAGAAUGUCCAAUCGGACUACAGCCAUCUUCCGAUUGACCACGGUUGGGCUUAUGUUACCGUCUUUGGCUGCUUCGGUGUGUGUGCCCUUGUUGUGGGGACUGUGAAAUCAUUUGGCGUCAUUUUAGUGGAAUUGUCCCGUCGGUUCAAUGUUCCGGCUAGCGUACUGAUCGGUCCGCAGUGUCUAGCCGGCUUCUUCCAUCUGUCACUAGGUCCCGUGGCGAACGCCCUCAGUGAACGAUACUCCCACAGACUUGUGGUAUUUGUCGGCGGGUUAGUGGCUACCAUUGGUCUAGUUAGUACAUCGUUCGUCCAAUCAGUGCCCGCAUUCUACGUUACUUAUGGAGUACUGUCAGGAGUUGGUUUUGGCUUGUGUUUAUCUCCAUCCAUCACCUUCCAGGGAUUUCACUUCCGGAAGCGACGCGCGCUUGCUAAUGGACUUUCCGGAUCUGGUGCUGGAGCUGGAGCGUUUGCUCUACCACCCGUCAUCCGGGUUCUCAUCAACUAUUACGGUCUUGGAGGGUGUCUACUCCUCGUUGGGGGUUUUAUGUUCAACACUUGUGUUUUUUGUUCUCUUUAUAGGCCUCCCUCCUAUUGGACGUUGCUUAACAGAGCCAAACGCAAAGUGGAUAGUAAGGCAAAAGACGAAGAAAACCUGCACUUAGAUAGGGAUACUACACUACCAUUAUUGGUAAAAACAAAUGGUUUUCACUCAGAAUCAGCUGAUGAUAAAAGUGAUAAUAGAGUAAGAAGCGAUACCAAUCCAGACGAAAGGAACAGAGAUACACAACAGGAAGCUCUGUACAGUCAGCCACCACUAAACCAGGAACAAUCGCUUCAUGUAAAACUUCUUAAUCUAAAACUAAAUGAAACAGACCAUCACUUAUCCACUUCGUCACUGCCGUGUAUAACCGGUAAACAGAUCAGUGUAGGAGGUAUAACACGACAGAGAACAGAGUCAGUCAGAGUGGGCUCCGCUCAACAAAGCAAAGCGCUAACAUCAAACGAUCUUGCAAAAAGUUUCUUGUUCGCAAGUGUGGAAUCCUUCCCCUCUCUCACCGGAUCAAGACUGUUCCAUACUGAUAUACAGGAGCAUAACGGACACGCCCCCGUUGAUGAAUCAGAGGAAAUCGUCAAUACAAAGAAAAACAGAAUAUUAGAAUGGAGUUUACUAAAGAGUCCCACUUACCUUGUGUUUAUAUUUGCAAUAUUUACGGGAGUGAUGGGUCAACACUCCCUGUUCAACAUUCUACCCCCAGUGGUCAAUGAAAUGGGGAUCAGUGACGAACAGGGUGCCGUAGUGGUGUCCGUUCUGGGCGCAGCUGAUCUCAUCGGUCGAAUCUUUUUUGGUUGGUUAGCCGACUUCGGAUUUAUACAACGUCAAACAAUGUAUCAGAUUAACCUGAUGUUGUUUGCCCUGAUAGGGUUCAUUGUGCCUCACGUGACCUCAUUUAUUGGAUUCUGUUUGCUGUCCAUGUUGCUUGGGUUUUUCUCCGGGGGUUACACGGGAAUUCAAGUGGCAGUACUCGCAGACAAGGUUGGGGUCGACAAACUGUCCAGCGCCUGGGGAUUUGCCGCCUUUUUCGCCUCACUAGCACUACUGGUGAAUCCCAUGCUGGCAGGUAUGAUUCGUGACGUCACGGGGUCGUGGCUAGGUGCACUCAGACUUGGAGCAGGUGUAGCAGCGUUUGGAUCAGGAUCACUAAUCGUUGAAGUUGUUCUGAACAGGUUACGACGCUGACCACGUGAUUAUA